AUGGAUAUCUUAAGUAAUAAAACAUGUGUAUGGGUUGAAAAAUGUUAUUAAAAGCAAUAAUUCUUUGCUUCAAAGGCAACAACCCAUCUUGAAUGUUAAACAUAUCUUUCUAGUUGUACUUUAAGUAAUUCUGGUGUUGGAUGUGUCUUUACCAAAUGUAUGUUUAUAAUAAAAAUUCAUGUAUAAAAAGAGCUGAUGGAUAUCUUUGUGGAUGGGAUGGUUAUUAAUGCGUCGAUAAGAGUUGUUUAACUGCUUCCAAUUAAUUGAAAACAACAUCAGAAUGUUAAGCAUAUUUAGAGAUAAAUAAUAAGUUGAAAAUAAUUAUACCAUAGUUUGUUGCAAAUAAUCCUAUAAAAGUGAAUGAAAUUUCAAUAAUUAUGGGAUGUCAAGAUUUACCAAGAAAUUAUCGAUAAAGAAUGUCAAUAGAAAAUUGUGAAAUAUUAAGGAAUGGAUAUCCAAUAUGUUUAUGGAAUUAGACAUAGAUUUAAUGUAUUGAAUUUGUGAGAGUUCAUCAAUGAUAAGAACAUCAAAUUCAUUAUCAUAAUUUAAAUUUGAAAAUUGUUUCAAUUUUCUUUCUGAUAAUUAUUGUAUUUCAAAUAACAAUUAAGAUAGCAAAAUCAUAAAGUUGUAAAAACUUAGUUUAUUAAAAUUUUUAAUUAGGAUCAAAAAUAGUUGGAGAUUGUUUUUGGAAUGGUUAAGAAUGUGUUGAUAGAAUAUGUGAAAAUCUGAAAUUAAUAACUCAUAUAGAUUGUAAUGCUUAUUAACUAUAAUGUACUGUAAACAAUUGUAAAAUAACAUCAGAAAGAAAAUAUUGUAUAUGGACAGGUUUUGUUUGUAGAAGUGCAACUUGUUUUGAUGCUUCUGAUAGUUUAUUUUAUGAUACAGAUGAAGAAUGUUAAAAUUAUGCAAGUAAUGAAAAAUGUACAAGUAUUUUAUAAAGUUGGUGGUUAAGGUUGCAUUAGCAAAUUAGCAAAUUGUUCAGAGUAUAAGAUAUAAGCUUAAUGUCAUAAGAGUAUAUAAAAUUUAACAAAUAAAGAUGAUUUUAAAUGGGUAAUAGAUAAAUGUUAUUCAAUAUAAUAAUUAAUAUCAUAACCAUGUUCAAUGUUAAAAGGAUUUAAAGAAAUGUGUUAAAAGUUUAAUGAUGGUUGUACAAAUACAGAUUAAGCUAUUUAACUCCUUGUUUUGUAGAUUGUUAAUUAAAAAUAGGAUAAAAAUUGACAUUUUAAGAUAGUUAAAAAUUAGAUACAUUACAUAGGCUUCUGAUGUGCUUUUUUAAAUUCAUAACCUUCUUUAGAUCAUGAUAAAUGUUAAACUUACAGUUCUUUUUGCACAUAUUUAAGUAAUGGUUCUGGAUGUUAAGAAUAUAAAAAUAAUUGUAAUUUAUAUUCAAAUGAUUAAUAACACUGUACAAUUUCAAAAUAAGGGGAAUUUUAUUAUUAAAUUGAAAUAUUUUAUUAAAUAUUAAAUAAUAAUAAUAAUAUAAUUGAUCAAUACUUUGAUGGUACAAAAUGUGUACGUUUUUCUAUUUGUUCUUCUAUUAUUGGAAUAACAAAAUGAAUAAUGUUUAUCUUAUAAAUCAGGAUGUACAUCAAAUGCUAAUGGAACUGUUUGUUAAUAAAAAUAAGCUAGAUGUAUUGUAAAAAUUAUUCUACUUCAAAUACAUGUGUGA